UGUUAUUAUUAUUAUUAUUAUUAUUAUUAUUAUUAUUAUUAUAUAUUUAAAAAAAGACUUUGUUUUUGCUCCGAUUUGUAGUCACACACAUGCGUGUAAUUCUGUACUAAUUCUGUACUAAUUCUGUACUAAUUCUGUAAUAUUCUGCACUAUUCAAGACUGCAGCAGUGUGUUUAUGGAUCAUCACAAAUGUACAGUCUGUCUUUUCUGCUCAGCGUGUGGUUUUCAUCCUUUAUUAGUGUCUGAAAUUAAUCCUUUUAUGGCCUCAGUGUUUUCUGAAUCAGACAUCGGAGAGCUAAACUGGAAACCGAAAUCUCCACCGCUGUGUUGUUUUAACCCACAGCCAUGAGAGUGGCACAGAGUUUAACACCAUGAUAUGUAAAGUAAAAUAAUACACUGCUGGUAUACUUGGCCACCUGACAAAAACUAUUGUGCAUUUUUGCAAAAAUCCAUAUAAAGAAGUUUCACUCUCAUACAGCUCAACUCCUGUAGACUGCAGUGUGUGAAGCUCAGCAUAAUCUUUCAGCAUUUUCAUGUGGCAUUAAAUCAAAUUAGUGGAGUUCAGAAAAUAAAUGUGAGGGCUUCAGCUCAGUAAUAGAGCAUUAAUGUCCAAUCACACAAUCUUUUUGUCUUUGAAAUGUGGAAAAUUACUUCAAUUUCAAUGGAAUUUGUUGCACUUAACAGCUUCACAUAAGUUUGAAGGGGUGGUUUUUCAUCGUACAGCACAGAAGAUCCGUGGCAGAAGUUCUAAUUGUAGCUAUAACUCUAUUAUUUCAUUAAAAGAGGCUGAAUUAGAUGCUAUAACUGUCUGUUACUUUUGUGCAGUAUAGUGUUUAAGGUUGGAAAGUUAGCAAGCUCACUUUGUUGCCUCUAACUUAAUUUAGCAAAUUUUAAUUGCAUUUACACAGCUGGCAAAACCAGAAUUAAUACACACACCUAAAGUAAUCAAUUUACAGAAGUGCUUUCAUGUUUCCAUCAAUAAGCACAUCCUCAUACCGGUUCACUAGGUCAGAACUAACAAUACCAUCAGUCUAAAAACCUGUGUCUGUGUGUGUUCGGCAAGGACGGGGAAGUGUGUGUGCUGAGUGUGCUGCCACACCCCCGAGGAUAAAGAAAUAGAUUUUGUAUGUCAGAGAUAGUAUUCUUCUUAUUCCACAGCGAUUUGCCAACAAUUAAAAAUUUUAAUUUAUUAAUGAACAACUCAUCACACUUUUUUAAACACUUUUUAAAACUUUUCAGGAACAUGACAAGCUGCAUUUUUUGAGAGAGACAGAGAGAGAGUGAGAGAGAGAAACUGGUAAAGAAUGACUGUUUAUCAGUGCUAUAAGGUACUGUAAGUGAGAGCAGGAACUAACUCAUCUCUCAGACGUUCAGCAACAUUAAAUCUAACUCGAAACUGUUAAAAUGUGUGACGUGUCGACUAUCAUUAGGGUGUGAUGUCAUAAUGCACACCACAUUUACACUGCUUAAAAUUCCAGCAGCUGCAGUAUAAAACACCAUCUUGUGUCACUUGUGUUCAGUGUGUGUUUGGCAUGUGCCUGUGUAUUUGGUGUGCCUGUGUUUGGCACGUGAGUGUGUGUUUGGCAUGUGCCUGUGUGUUUAGUGUGUUCAGUGUGUGUUUGGCAUGUGCCUGUGUGUUUAGUGUGUUCAGUGUGUGUUUGGCAUGUGCCUGUGUGUUUAGUGUGUGUCUGUGUUUGGCACAUGCCUGUGUGUUCAGUGUGUGUUUGGCAUGUGCCUGUGUGUUCAGUGUGUGUUUGGCAUGUGCCUGUGUGUUCAGUGUGUGUUUGGCAUGUGCCUGUGUGUUCAGUGUGUGUUUGGCAUGUGCCUGUGUGUUCAGUGUGUGUUUGGCAUGUGCCUGUGUGUUCAGUGUGUGUUUGGCAUGUGCCUGUGUGUUUAGUGUGUGUCUGUGUUUGGCACAUGCCUGUGUGUUUGGUGUGUGUGUGUGUUUGGUGUGUGUUAAUUUUUUUGUGUGUUUGUUGUGUGUUUACGUGUGUAGCCCACACUCUGUGAUGGCAGGGGAGUUCUGCUCCGUGGUGAACCACGUGAUAGAUGUGUUAACCAUAGAUGAGUGUAAAACGCUGAUGUUUCUGACUUCUGACCUUCUCUUUGGACAACGAGUGGAGGACGCGCGAUCAGCGCUCGUCGCCAUAGUAACUUGCAGUGGUCAAUCACGGCCUGCUGACAUCAUCAUGAUGGAAGUACUGUUUCACCUAAAACGCUUUGACAUUCUGAAACAGAUUCUGGGAAAAAACAGAGAGCAGGUGGAGGAGGAACUGAGGAGGGGUGGAGUCAUCUCACCUUACAGGGUUCUAAUGAAGGAUCUGAGUGAGAGUCUGGAGACAGAUGAGUUACAGUCGAUCAUUUUCCUGCUGCACAACAGGAUAACGAAAAAACAAGCAAAGCAGAUAACUAGUUUUCUGGAUGUGGUGUCUGUGUUGGAGCAGACAGGAGAGGUGUCAAGUGAGCAGUUGGAGCUGAUCGAAAAGUGUAUGAGGAACAUCAGGAGAAACGACCUGAUCAAAAAAAUUCAGUCAUACAGAGUGUGUGAGACAGCGAAGCUCUCCGUGUGUGAGACUGGAGUUCAGCACAUUCAGGUUCCUGUAGAUGAGUACAAUAUGAACUAUGAUCUACGGGGUGUGUGUGUGAUUAUAGACUGCACUGGCAAUGAUGGAGAGAUGCUGACACACACAUUCAAGCAGCUUGGCUUCCAUGUGUUCUCUUACACACAGACACAAGUGUGUGAAGUAUGUGAAGUACAUUUAAUAAUGAAGACCAUCAACCAGAACUCAGUCCUCCAAAGAGCUGCCAUGUUCACCUGCUGCCUUCUGAACACCCACACACAUGCUUCACACACACCCCCACUGAACACACACAUUAAGUUGAUGGAAGUUUGCGUUGAGUGUGAGAUGCUGAAAGAGAAACCCAAACUAUUCUUUAAUCAUACAAUCAGAUCAGAUCAGAAUCUUCAGACUGAUGCACUACCCUGCACCACACACACUUCGCACACACGCAGUCCUCACACACAUCCACUACACAACACUGAGGAUGUGCUGUGGAGUGUGUGUGAGACAGCGGUGGAGAUUCUAGAUGGAAAUGAACACAGCUCUGUUUACCUGCAGGCAGUAAGCUCCGCCCUCCUGCAAGGUCACACCAGGAGGCUUCAUUUGCUUGAUGCCCUCACUGAAGUUAACAGAGAGAUUUUGGAACACAACCGGAGAAAUCCAGGCAACAUACAUCACCUCACAUUCACACAUACACUGCGCAAGAGGCUGUACCUGUAACAUACACACACACACACAUGCACAGAAAUCUGUACCUAUAACACACACUACACAAUCUAA